AUGUCAUCCUCCGUAACGCCCCUCGGUGCUCGUUUGGCUGCACGGAUCUCGAUCAACAGUCGCAUGAUAUUUGCAGGUGUGCUCCGCAAGCCCAACGACCGCCCCGCCGGCCAGCCGGCCCGCGAGCCGGGCUACCGCUACGCGCGUAUGGUCGCUGCUUCCGCUUCUGACAUCUUCUUGGCACAUCGCGACUUCGCGAGAUGCAGUCCGGCCCGUGUUUCCACUCGUGAUAAUGCCCCGAGAGCAGACUUCUUCUUGACUCUUCGCCUCAUUAACGUUCCCACGCUCGCUCACCGCUGCGUGUGCUGUGGGCCCACGAGCUCACGUCAACACAUGAAUCCCGAACCGUGGCACAAUCGCCGUGCUAAAUUCCACGACAUCCGUUGACACAUGACCUUACUCGAGUGACAUUUAAUCCAAAUCUUCUGGCGCGACCGGUAUCAGCUUCGGCCCUGGCUAAACUUCGAGCGAGCGGUCAUAGCGUCGUCGUGUGAUCGAAUCGAGGCAAUCAUGAUCGCGGCGCGUAGACACCAUACGACUGAGGACAACGAAUAAUGCAAGUGCAAUCGAGUACUCAGUUCAUAUUUCGAUUCUUAGUUUUUCAAGCCUGACUGAUUCAGGCGCCUUGGUUUUGGUCUGAGCCCUGGAUACUUGCCUUCGUCUUACAAGCAACACGAUCCAUGAAUCGAGCUCACUUAAUCUUCUCCAUUUUUCUUCUCUCCAUAUAUCUUCGCCAGAGUCUAUGAAGGAGAUCCGUCCGGCCUUAUGAUCCGAGCCCCCUCCGUGUUGACCACCUUCGCCUUCCAGAAGUACGUGAUCUUCGAAGGCUUCAAAUUUCACGGCAGUAAUCCGCUUGUUGGUCACUUUCAGCACUCAUCUGUAUAAUAGGAAUUGUUAUAUAUAUCACCUCCAAUUUUCUGGGAUC